GCAGUACGGGAAGACAUUCUGGACGAGUGUGGCCGGUCGUGCCAUAGUAGUGUCGGCCGAUCUGGAAUUCCGCCGUUUCUUCCUCCAGCAAGACGGGAAGCUGUUUGACUUAUGGACUCUCGACUCAUUUGCAAAGCUUUUCGCACAAGAGAGCGAGGCCCGCUCCAACAUCCCGAACGUCCACAAGUACAUCCGAAGCACGGUUCUAAAAUACAUGGGGAUGGAGGUCCUCAGGGAGAAGUUGAUUCCCUUGAUGGAAGAAGCAUCUCGAGUGGCGAUAAAGAGUUGGUUAGGCCAAGAAUCCGUCGAUGUAAACUAUGCCACCGGAGCUGUAAAGACCAAAUCUUUGGAUCGGAACACUUUGGAAUUGUCAUUUCCUUUUCUCUAACUAGGGUGAUGUGACAUAUUUAACACCCAUUUGCUUCUGAUGUUCUUCCUAGAUGGCAAUUGAGUUCCUCGCAAGGCAAGUGUUGAGCUAUGAUCUUACACAGUCAUCGGAGAAGUUGGGCGAUUUGUUUCUCUCGUUUAUUCAAGGUCUCAUGUCGUUUCCUUUGAACAUACCUGGCACGACAUUCUACAGAUGCAUGAAGAACCGUAGAAGGCGAUGUUGGUCCUCCAGAAGAUGGUAAAAGAUCGGGUCUCUUCGCUGGAGACACCUUACAACGACUUCCUUUCUCGCAUCACGGCAGAUAUUGGCAAAGAGGAAUUCUUAACGGAGGAUUCCGCGGUUCUUCUUAUAUUUGCACUUCUUUUUGUCGGCUCCAAGCCUAUUCCGGCGACAUUGACAUUAGCUAUAAUGUUCCUGGAAGAGAAUCCUAAAGCAUUGCAAGAACUCACUGACGAGCAUGAGGCCGUACUAAGGCGAAGAGAAUCGUCGGACUCCUCCAUCACUUGGGAAGAAUACAAAUCGAUGCCUUUCACUCUUCAUGUAAUACAUGAAACUCUGAGGUUGCGUAACACCGCACCUGGAUUGUUGAGGAGGACGAAAGAGGAUGUGAAAUGGAACAGAUACACGAUUCCCGCGGGCUGGGGAGUUUUGAUAGCCACUUCCGCUUUUCACUUGGAUCCCGAGACCCACAAAGAUCCUACUACGUUUAAUCCCCGGCGCUGGAAGGUUGAAUUUAAGAGGGGAAUCCAAAAGUUUAGGCUAAUUAACAAGAUUAGAGGAGUUGUCAGCAUGAACUUUUGUCCUCGCAAGCGGUUUUUGAUAAAGUGUGAUUGGAUUGUUUACAUUUCGAAUUCCAGGACCGCGAAUCGGAUGCUAUACUGA